AUGACUGAUCUACGAAGGGAAAGAGCAGUAUCGCCAUCGGCACCCACGCGACCACAUCCCAGCAAGCGCAGUCGAUCCGAUGAACGGAGCGGACCAACCGACGAGAAUCAAGCCUCUUCGUCCAGCGCCAAGAUCCUCGAGACGUUCGGCAGCUUCCGAGACGAGAUCGACGCGCACAAUGACCGACGGGAGCGUCUCAUCAAGUCAUCGCGCGAUGUGACAGCUCUCUCGAAGAAAGUCAUCUUCUUGCUGCAUCGAUUCGAUAUCACCGACUUUGCGUCCGCAGAGCCCUCUGCAAAGACGCGCAAGCUUUUUUCUGAAGCCGAGACCAAGCUGGACGAGAUCGUAGCGCUACUCAGACAAGCGGCUAUGGCCGAAGGUCUUGGCUCACUUUGUGCGCCUGAUCAGCAGCUGAAUUUGUCAGCGGCGCGGCUUCGAGCGCAACGCUACGAACGAAACAUCGGCGGCGGACUCGAAGAGUUCAUCGAAGCCAUCUCCUUCUACCACUACCUACGCACUACACAGCUCAUCAGUCUACGCCAAAUUCAGGAUCGCUUCCGCACCGAGACCGUAUCCGAAUCGCAGCUCUAUUCGAAACCGACAGAGACUACGCAGCCAGCAUCACAGUCAGCAAGGGCAGGUCCACCAACAGAAGACUCCGAAGUGCUCCACGUUCCCACACAUCGAUACCUACUCGGCUUGUCCGAUUUGACGGGCGAGUUGAUGCGCUUCGCCACCAAUGCUGUCGGCCAAGGCGACACAGGCACAGUCAUCAAGCAAGUUCUCGACCUCACUCGCCGGUUGCGGGAUGCGUUGGAUCCCUUCGUGCCGCUCGUCAAAGACCUCAAGAAAAAGCAAUUCGUCACAAAUCAGAGCUUGCGCAAGAUCGAAGACAUCCUAUACGCAAUUACAGUGCGAUCCGCAGAGUUUGGCUCGGAUCCCAAAGCACUGAAGGAGAUGGUACGGCGGACGCUUGCCGCUUCAUCAGCACCGAACCAGCGCGAAGACGACGAGUAG